AUGAUAAAGCUUUGGAAUGAUUUUUAUGAUCCGAGGUUGAGUAAAACCAAGAUCAUAAAUAAUGCACUAGAAGAUAUUGCUCCUGAUCAAUGGGCUUUAUUCGUAGAAUAUCGUUUGAAGCCUGAAACUCAGAAUCUUUGUAAGAGGAAUCAAGAAAUUCGGCAAAAACAAAUAAUUUCUCAUACUUCAGGUGCUAAAUCAAUUACAAGAAGAAGGGCUGAAUUGACGGAAGAUAUGGGAAAAGAAGUUAGUAGGGUUCAAAUGUGGGACAUCACUCACAAGAAAAUAGAUGGAAGUUAUGUUAAUGAAAAUGCUAAAAAAAAUAGCGGUAAGACUAAAGUGCAAUAAGUAACUUGUUUGUAU